AAAUGGGUAUUAUCUCAUGAGAACGUUCGUGUUUUAGGAAUUUAUUGCGCAUAUUACUAGAUAUCGGAUUCGAUUAGAAAAAUAAAAAUGGAACAAGGGAUAAUAUUAUAAUCUUCAAAAAUACAUAAUUUAAAAUAAAAUAACUGAUAUGCUCGAUUUAUAUUUGUUUUAUUCUUGUAUCAUCUAAUGAUUUCUUUUCCAAUCAAGUGAUAAUUCGUUCUCUCUUGACAAUAAAUAUUCCAUUAGUAAAGGGAAAAAAGGACAAUAUAGGGAGAUGGGCUUUACCUAGCUCUGGAAGACUACAAAGGAACAGACAAGACGCCGUACUUUAAAUAUGGAGAAACCGUUAGUACCAAACAAACGAGGUAAACAAGACGAAGUAGAUUCCGACGAAAUGAACUUCAAAGGCAAAAAGUACGACUUUAACAGCCCAAAUGUCGAAAGUGACACAACGCGUCUUUCCACCGUCUACAGUGGCAUGACGACUGAAUUAGGGAUGGCUGAUCGUGAAUCUAAAAAGAAGUUCUUUCCUAAAGGAGGACAACCUGCAAUGUUUCAAUCAUUGAAGAGAAAUUCUCUAGGUCACACAAAUCCGGCUUACGUGAAAGACGAUGACGACGAUGACGACAUCUCUCAAGAUCUCGCGUGCAACAGCGGAAGUGACAUGAGCUCUGGGGAGUCUGACGUGGAGACUGAUUUACAAACACCGGAGUCAAGAAGCAUCAAUGACAGCGAAUCAUUGCAGAAAACUAAACUGGGGAAUGGCGCCGUUGCAAAUGGCGGUAAAAAUUUUAACGUUGCCUUUGACGAUUUAAAGGAAAACGCAGCCCCCAUGCCACCAAUACAAAACAAGGGAAAGAAGGAACAAAAAUCAUGGGACAAGUUCACAUCGUCAACGAAAGAAAACAUUUCUAGUUCAGAUAUAAAAUUCUGGGAUAAAAUUUUUGUAAUAACAAAGCUAGUUGUUUGCUUUUUGUUAUUUUUCUUCACUCUUGGAACAGCGGUGAUCAGUAAAAUUUGCCUAGUUAUAGUAACCGCAAAUAUUUACCCGAGAAAGGAUUCUUCGCCGCCACUAAAUAAUUUGAAAACGCUUAAUGGAACGCUGAAAUAUACACACGAAGAGACGAAUGUACAAUGGAUAUGGGCUCUUAUUAUGAUGGCAGGAGCCCCUUAUUUAUUCUCCUGUUUUAAGUGUUUAUGGCGACUUCUCUUUCAGAUGUCAGGGAGAGGAUCACCAACUUACCAAGCUAUACUUGGGGUUUUAGGUGUUGAAACAAUACAUUCAAUAGGUCUCAAUUUGAUGAUAUUUGUUGUUGUACCAAAUUUGGAUCCUUUAUCCGGGCUUCUUUUUAUGCUGUGCGUUGGCGCGUUUCCCGGCUUGAUGAAGAUCAUUUACCCUACUGUUGGACCUUCCAAACUAAGAGAUACAAACGCACGGCCGUCUUGCACAACAUCCAUCUUCGUCACCGUCAUCAGCUUUAUCGGGGCGGCUGGCCAGUUAGUAGCAUUAGGUUUUUGGCUCUUCCACAUUUACUUAGAAUUUAACAAAGGGUUUCCGGGCACCACUUACACGGCAUGUAUGAUCGUUGCCCCCAUUUUCACAAGUGUGUACUGGUGGGAGAACUAUGUUUACGAAGGUAAAAAAGACUCAUAUGGCAUCCCACGACUAGCUCGAGAAAUGAGGAAAAGCCGCACAAAGUUGACUCUAUACGCAAACUUCUGGAAAAUGAUUUUAACCCUAGUUCUUCCAAUCGCUAUUUAUGGAGUAAAGUGUGGGACAGAUAGUGAGUGUACUAAUACCCUGUAUUUUAAGCACGAUGUUGCCAAAUUGAACUCUGGUAUUGGUCAUAUUGAUCUGACCUCGAAAAAAGAUUUCGGGAAAUGCAACAAUCAUUUACCCCUUGUCGUCGCCGCUAUUGGUAUACUCUGCAGCGGCAUCUGUUUCAAGGUCGGCAAAGUCGCGUGUAAGAUAAUGACACAGAUUGUUGACUAUUCAUUGCCUUUGGUUCUAACCACGCCCACAACUAUCGGAAUUAUUCUGUGGAUGUACGGUGGAUUUCUAACGACGGACGAUAUUGGUUGUGAAAUACCGUUUCCGAAAUGGGCCAAAAAUGAUGGCGCCAAAGUAUACUUCGGACAUUUCUUAGAUGAUCCUGAGAUUUGGAUUCCGAUUAUAGCAGGACUAAUUGGCUUUGUUUCUCUUCUGCUAAUAACUAAUCACGUUUGGACCCCUGGUAAAGAACGACUUCAAAGGACCGACAAGCUCUUUGUUCAACCUCUGUAUUGUGGAAUAUUUCUGGACCAGUCAAUGCUGCUUAACAGAAGACGAAUCGAAAAAGCGAAACAUUCGGAUGCAGUCAAAACCAAAGUGACAAAGAUACCACUACCUGAUGAAAUGAAAGACGACGGAGACGACAAUGAGAAAUCUAUUUUUAGAACAUCGGAGACGCCAAUGAUAUACAUGUGUGCAACCAUGUGGCACGAAUCAGAAAACGAAAUGACGCAACUGUUGAAAUCUAUUUAUAGAACGGAUGAGGACCAAUGUAUAAGAAAGUAUGCACAGUUUUUGGUUGGUAGGAGGGACCCGGAUUAUUACGAAUUCGAAGCUCAUAUAUUUUUUGAUGACGCUUUUGAAGGCCACAAAGAGGACGAGUAUGAAUUUAAAGUGAAUGAAUACGUUAGAUUGUUGAUGAAACAAAUUCCGGUGUCCGCAAGCUCAAUUCACGGACUAAGUUUCAAGCAGAAACCGCCUAUUUCAGUAGCCACGCCAUAUGGUGGUAGACUUGUAUGGACAUUGCCGGGUGGUAACAAACUUAUUGCACAUUUGAAAGACAAAACAUUUAUCCGGCACAGGAAGCGGUGGAGUCAGGUUAUGUACAUGUACUAUUUCUUGGGAUACGAGCUUUUCAACAAAGGACUAAAAAGGAAACAGCUUCAGAAGAGGGCAGAUAACACAUAUUUACUUGCGCUAGACGGAGAUGUAGACUUCCAUCCACAAGCUGUUUUACUAUUGGUCGAUCGUAUGCGAAAGAACCCGGAUGUGGGCGCGGCGUGCGGAAGAAUUCAUCCAAUCGGAAACGGUGCCAUGGUUUGGUACCAAAAGUUUGAGUACGCAGUCAGCCAUUGGCUUCAGAAAGCAGCCGAAGACAAAUUUGGAUGUGUGUUAUGUAGCCCCGGAUGUUUCAGUUUAUUCAGAGGCUCCUCCCUGAUGGAUGAUAAUGUCAUGAACAAAUAUACCACACCACCGUCUGAGCCCAGACAUUAUGUCCAGUACGAUCAAGGUGAAGACAGAUGGCUAUGCACACUUCUGCUACAACAAGGUCACAGGGUGGAAUAUUGCGCCGCAUCGGACGCUCUUACAUAUGCCCCAGAAGGAUUCUAUGAGUUCUUUAAUCAAAGACGUCGCUGGACGCCAUCUACCAUGGCCAACAUAAUGGACCUUCUCACAGACUGGAAAAAUGUUACAAAGAAGAACGCUGAAAUAACACUCGCUUACAUAUUCUACCAGGGCCUGUUGAUGGUCUCCUCUAUUCUUACGCCAGGGACUAUAUUUUUGAUGGUACUAGGUGCUAUCAACCUUGCGUAUCCGGAAAUAGAACUAUGGAUGGCCCUUCUUGUCAACGCAAUCCCGGUUGCAAUUAUGGUAUUACUCUGCUUCAAGGCGAAAGGUGAUACACAGUUGUUGUAUGCGGCAAUUCUGUCAACGGCGUACAGUUUAGUUAUGAUGAUAGUAAUUGUGGGGCUUCUAAAACAAGCGUCAGAGUUUGGAUUUGAGUCCAUAACAACGGUUUUUCUAAUGUUCGUGGCAGGCGUGUUUGUCAUAUCAGCCUUUAUACAUCCACAGGAGUUCUGGUGUAUUAUUCACGGAUUCCUGUAUUUCCUAGCCAUUCCGUCAAUGUCUAUGAUACUAAUGCUUUACGCUCUAGGAAAUCUGCACGUGGUCUCCUGGGGAACACGUGAGAACAAAACAGCAGCCGAACAAGUUGAACAGAAGAAAAAAGAAGAGGGGAGGCUAUCUGGAGUAUUUGCGGCGUUUGCUGGUUGCUGCCCCUGGGGAGAGAUAUUCAAGCAGAGAGAAGACGAUAAAUUACGUGUAAUUAUUGACAGGCUAGACGGUGUUGAAGCUGGUAUCCGAGAAUUGAGUACCAUCGGGAGCAAUAGAUCAAACAUGGGAUUUAAUGAUUCUAUAAGCGUGCGAGCUGGUUCCCCAUAUAUUGUUGGUGACAAUGAAACGAAAAUACCAUUUAGUGAACAGACAGAGUUGUUUUCUGGACAGGGUGACAGAGCAAAUCCAAUGUUCAUGGAGGAGAAGCAAGAGCCACGUGACCGAUUACAAGACCCUUAUUGGAUGAAGGAAGACGAAGAAAUUCGUUAUUUAAGAACCGACAGAAUAAGUGCAGACGAGACACAGUUCUGGGAGGAAUUAAUUGAUGAGUACCUUAGACCAAUUGAUGCAAACAAGACUAAAGAAAAAGAGAUUCAAGCUCAAUUGAUUGAAUUGAGGAACAAAGUGUGCUUGAUUUUUAUACUUAUCAACUCGUUAUUUAUCAUCGUGGUAUUCAGCCUUCAACAAGUCGUUGCAGAGAGUGACAGCUUGUCAUUUAGAUUACCUUGGGUUAAAGGUGAAACCGUAGAAAAAGGUCAAAAGAUUGAACCAAUCAGCGUAGCGUUUACAUUAGUGUUCGGGGUCCUGCUGUUCGUCCAAUUCAUUUGCAUGUUAAUGCAUAGACUUGCGACGCUUCUUCACAUCUGCGCCGCUACGGAAAUAUUCAAAAAGAAACGAUCAUUUAAAAUGCCAGGGCAAGAUGUAGAGCAAGCUGAAGAAGCGAAUGAAACUGCGCAAGCUAUGUCUUAUGACCAGGUGUACGAGUUUGUUCGAGAUCUACAGAAAGACCAAGAUGCUGAUACAGCCUCUUUGACCUCCGAGUCCAGUUUUGGAGGUCAAAGUGACAUCGAGGAGGAGGAUGAGGACACAAUUGUAAGGAAGCGGGAAGCACGAGACAGGUGGAAACGAAUGGCGAAGAAAAGGCGUACUGUUCAUGAAAACACACUUGGCGAAAAUUUCAAGACAAAUCUUGGAAGAAUUCAAUCUUACUUCAAGGAAGAAGAAACUUCUGAAUCAGCUCUAACUGAGGAGUCGGAGGAGCAAGAUCUUAAGAGUAUAAAAAAGAAAGCACACAUGAAAAGAAUGAGGAACAAAUCACUUCACGUAUUAGCUAUGAUGAAAAGGGAUAAGACCAUGAAAGAGAACAUAUCAAAAAAGCAAAUUAUUGCAGAAAAGGAGAAUGAGGUCAUUAGAGGACGAUGGGGAAGAGCAUUUAAAUUAACUCAACUAAACUUAGCAAAUGACACACCUGGUAAGUUUCAAGCAAUUGUAAGCAUCGAACGGAAUAAAGAAAAAGAAGCAAAUCUUCAUCGUGAGAUUACACAUCUCGGUGCGUCGUCAAGACAGGCUAGUAAGAAGAUCCACGCUCAUGAAAACGAAGCUGAUACCACAACUGUUCUAGAGUUACAUAAAGAAGGAUACGUUAAUGUGAGUUAUCCUUUAGCACAUCUUAAAAGAUUUCCCGACAAUGAACCGGAAGUAGAAGAAGAGCAGAUUCAUCUUACAGUGCCUAAGGUAGAGAAUGAUGAAUGGCCGGAAGAAGAUCAUUAUGCUAAUGUAAAAGAAGGCAUUGAUAAGUUGUUUCAACCGAUAGAGGAAAUGUAAUUCAAUAAAUUAGGAUUGAACAUUCUGAAGUUACUUUUAAAACUUUUAUUCUAUAUUAAAAAACAAAUUUAAGAAAGAACUUUGUGUGUAUAGUAUUUGAAUAUAAAUGAUUGUUAGUGUUUCUUUUAUUGUAUUAUAUUUAAGAUAACUUACAUUAUAUCUCAUUUGCUAUCAUUGUACAUGUCGAUUUAUUGAACUAAUUCACUCCCUGAAUAUGCUUUACAUCAUUUUCAUAUAUACUGUAUAUUUAACCAGAUCAUUUAAUUUUAUAGUUGCUAAACACAUUUUUAACAUCAAAUUCAGUUAAAGGCAAAUUAUGCCUCAGGAAAUCCGUAUUUAUAAGAUUCUUUAGAAAUGUCAAACAUGUGUUUAAUAAUGUUUGAACAAUGGAUUUAGAGCCUUUUAGAUGUUGGAAAGCUGAGGAAAGCUGCUGUGAAUGUGCAGUUAUGUGUCGUAAAGUGUAAACAAAAUAGUAUUUUGACUUCCAUAUAAAAUUAUAAUUCGCUAUAAGUUUACCAAUUGCCGACAAAGCAGAAGGAUCAAAGAUAGACUAAGUUCAAUGAAAUCGCAAACUAGUAAUUAGUAAUUUUUGGACAAAAGAUAUAAAAAAAAAGUUUUUGAGAAAUGAAAAUGAUAAAGGUGCUGUUGUGCUCUUGAUAAGUGUUCAAUAGUAGACCCGAUAUAGCAUAUCUAUAUAUGGCAGAAUAUAAUGAGUCCUAGAACAAAAUAUAAUUAUUUAUCAUGUAAAAGUUUAUACUAAAUCACUUUAGAAGUCUAAUGACACUUUGUUUUCAAAAAUAUUUCAUAAGAAUAUCGAAAUGAUACAUUUCGAUCGUGUUUUUUUACCAGUAUUUGGAAUACUUAUGGAAUAUGCGUUCAAUGCAGACCCACCCACUUUAAUGUAUGCAUGUGUUUGUAUGUCAUCAACAGCAGCAGCAGCAACAAAAACAACAACAACAACAACAACAACAAAGCCGAACAAUAUUUCUUAAAAAUGUAAAUUUGACAUUUUGAAAUAUACAAUUCCAAGAUUUUCCUUCUUAAUAGACUAACUGUAACAAUUACAAUGUAUUGUUUUUAAGUAUCGUAUGUAUAUAAAUCAUAGUAAAUUGAAAUGUGUUUUAAAUUUAAAGACCCAUUAUGCCCCAGAAAUGCUUCUUAUUAAUUAAUUUUUUUCCAUAUUUUUCGUAUGCUGUUUUAGUUUUAAAAAGUUACUCAUUGGCUAAAAACCUAAAUCCAUAUUUUGCUUUUUGACAAUUAGUUGAGUUAUAUUGACUGAGUAUUUUAUGUGGAAGUUUAAAUACUACUUUGUUAACAUUUUGCUACUUUUAGCGCUACUUUCUUCAGGUGCUACGAAUAUAGUAUUGUCUUACAGAAUUAUUUGAAAAUUAUAAAACUCAUGAUUGCCUUUUCUGAAGAAGGAAACGGAAUUCCUAUCUGAGGCAUAAUGUGCCUUUAAAAUUACCAUUAAAUUGAUGGAAUCCGAUAUGCCUUUGUCACCAGUUUAGAGCUAGGCCAGCAUAUUCGUCGUUGCAGACUUGCCAGGCUCCAUACAGUUGGAAGCUUACUUUUGUUUCUAUUUUGCUGCGAAAUCCCUGAAUUUCCAAAUGGGUUGUCCAUGGCAAAUUCAUUACUUUAGUUCAGUAGGUAACGGGUUAACGUGACAUUAUACUCAUCCAAGUGUAAAUGGUGAGUGCACAGGUAAAAGACUCGAAAUAAGUUUUCAUUUUUUUUUCAAUUAUUUUGUUCAAUCUUAUAUUUAAUUUACAAUGCAAAAUAAUUGACAAUCCACGUGACCAACAGACAGUUCUAUUAAUGUCGUUCAGAAAAUAUCGGCAGCGUUUAAUUUUUUUAAGAAGUAGGGGCAUUUUUGUUAUUAUCUAAAUAGUUUGUUAUGUUUCAAUGUAAAUUAUUGGUUAAUUACUUUUAAAACAGUCAAUCUCUUGGAAAAUAUAACUUUUAAAGCAAAAAGAUAAAAUAUAAUGUCACUUUAAACUACGGUUACCAUAUUGUAAAAAAUGUAUAUUGUUUCACCUGUAUAUAGUGUGUUUAAUUACAACAAUGUUUUAUCAAAUGUUUUUUUUAAUGAAAUAUUUUUUUUUAUUUGUUAAGUUUUUGGUCGUUUUCAUGCAUUUUAUUUUUUUUCUAUCACCGAAUUGUUUAAUUUUAUUGCUGCUUAAAAAUGCACAAAGAAAAAAAGUCUUUUGAUUUGAAAUCAUUAAUUAAUAAUGAUGAAUCAUAUCUUGCAUUUGAGUUUUUUUUUAAACAAAAUUGCUGUGUACCAUUGAAUAGUUGUUAUAUAUUCUACACUUAGAUGUGUUUGAUUGUUUUGAAAUACUUUAUAUUCAACAUCAAUUUAUACCUAAUACACCAUUUAUAACAGUGAA